AUGGCCCAAUAUGAUGUCCUUGUCACAGGCUCCUCGGGUCAUUUAGGCCAUGCUCUAAUGAUAACAUUGCCGUCGCUCGGAUUUACUCCAAUUGGGAUUGAUAUUCUGGCUUCUGCCACAACUACUUGCGUCGGCUCAAUAAUAGACCAAGAACUCAUUAGCAACACCCUGCGAAAAUACCCCAUCAGGCACAUUCUCCACACGGCAACACUGCACAAGCCUCAUGUCGAGUCCCACACCAAGGACAACUUUGUGCAAACAAACAUUGCAGGAACUUUGGUCCUCCUCGAAGAAGCAGUUAAGCUUGCAGAUCAACUUGAAAGCUUCGUCUUCUUCAGCACAACCAGUGCCUUUGGGAGCGCCCUCAGCCCCAAGGCUGGCUCUCCAGCCGCGUGGAUAGACGAGAACGUGACUCCUAUCCCCAAAAACAUAUAUGGCGUGACAAAAGUCGCCGCUGAGGAUAUCUGCCAUCUCUUCCACAAACAGCAUAACCUGCCUGUUCUUGUUCUUCGCACAAGCCGCUUCUUCCCUGAGCAAGAUGACGACGAAGACCGACGCAACGCAAUGGGAGACGACAACUUGAAGGUCUUGGAGAUGGCGUACCGCCGUUGCGACAUCAAGGACAUUGUCUCGGCAACUAUUUGCGCAAUGGGCAAGGCGAGGCAAAUUGGCUGGUCGAAAUACAUCAUCAGUGCACCGCCACCUUUCUCAAACGAUGCGGAGACUCUCGCUGCGCUGGAUAAGAACCCGGAGGAAGUGAUUAACAGGGCUGUGCCCGGAACAGCAGCAGUGUUCCGUGAGAAGGGAUGGAAAUAUUUGAAUCGAAUGGAUCGCGUGUACGAUUCAAGCAAGGCGGUUCGAGAGCUCGGCUGGAAGCCGGAAUACACAUUUGCGCGGACGAUUGAGAGGAUUUCCCGAGGAGAGGACUGGCGUAGCGAAUUGGUUGGGAAAGUAGGAAAGAAGGGAUAUCAUGCUGUCAGCCAUGGAGUAUAUACUGCGUAA